GUAAAUAAUUCGAUUUAAAAGCGCCAAAGCAAACGUGACGGUCUGUUUUGCAUUGAUUUUUGCGCGAGGUAAUCUCCACGUCCCCGAAUGAGAUUCCUUCCUCAAGUCUGCCUUUAACUUCAAUUCGUAGGUAGCCGUGUCGACAGACUGCCGACCUUCCCAAGGUAGCCAUGUCUGCAGAAUGCCUUUCUUCCCAAGAGCCAGUAGAUGACACAGCCGAAACACCUUCAGCACAAGACUUGAAGCCAAAAUUGGAGACGACUGAGGUAGCCGUGUCGACAGACUGCCCGCCUUACCCAGAGCCAGUAGAUGACACGGCCGAAACACCUUCACCACAAGCCUCAGAACCAGUAUUGUAUGAGAUUGAGGUGGAACUAUCCUCAGAAUCUGAAGAAGACAGGCCAUUGAAUCUGCGAAAAUGGGGCCCUGCAAAAAAACAAGGCUCCCAAAAGAAGAAAAAGCAGGCUGGAGUUUGUAACACAAGCCGACAAGAAAGAGUACUCUCAGAUUAUCAAAGCACAGACAACUCAGAAGUUGAAGUAAGGCCACCGAACGGGCAAAAACUGGAUACUGCAAUUCAACUCCGCUCCCAAAAAAAGAAAAAGCAGGCUGGAGUAUGUAAAACAAGCCAGCAAGAAAGAGUACUCUCAGAUGAUCAAAGCGCAGACAACUCAGAAGUUGAAGUAAGGCCACCGAACGGGAGAAAACUGGAUACUGCAAAAAAACAAGGCUCUCAAAAAAAGAAAAAGCAGGCUGGAGUAUGUAAAACAAGCCGACAAGAAAGAGUACUCUCAGAUGAUCAAAGCGCAGACAGCUCAGAAGCUGAAGAAGAAAGGCCAUCAAAACGACAAAAACUGGACACUGCAAAAAAACACAGCUCCAAAAAAAAGAAAAAGCAGGCUGGAGUAUGUAAAACAAGCCGACAAGAAAGAGUACUCUCAGAUGAUCAAAGCGUAGACAGCUCAGAAGAUGAAGAAGAAAGGCCAUCAAAACGACAAAAACUAGACACUGCAAAAAAACAAGGCUCCAAAAAAGAG